UGAAUGCGCUGCAUGCGGGAAUGGCGUACCUAAUUUACUUAACCUAUCUUCUAUCUUGCACGAUAUAUACGCGAGAUAAUAUGUAAUUAGCGAAUAAAAACUAUAUAUUUAAAAAAAAAUGACAAGCACUAACCGAACGAGGAAAAAGACUAGUCAAAUCUGGGCUUAUUAUUCCAUCGUAAAUGAUUUUAAAAAUGUUGCAAAAUGUGAUGUGUGUGAUCGUGAAGUUUCCUUUAGAUCCACCACGAACAAUUUAAAGAAACACAUCGAAAGGAAACAUCCUUCUGUUGUCUGCAAACCAAAACCCAUAAAAUCAGACGAGGGUAACGAAAUAACAUUAUUUCCAGAGAAAUUUCCAGUUGAAGAAGGGGAGGUUGUGGAAGACCCUCCAAUCAACGAGAACAAAAGCACAGCUGACGACCAGGUGCCGGUCAUCGUAGAGUUCGUCCAGGCGCCGGAGGCGGUGAAGGGGGGGGCGAGGCGCAAGGAGAGCGCGCGGCGGCUGUACGAGCGCAUCGCGGCGAGCGCCUGCGGGGGCGAGGCCCCGGGGGCAGACGACGGCCCCGCCGAGCGCGCGCUCAAGCGGCGGAUCCUGGAGACGGAGCUGGAGAUCCGGCGCGAGGAGCUGAGCUUCAAGCGGAGCCUGCACCGGCUGCAGCUGGACCACGAGGCGCGGGCCAACAGCGUCCGGCUGCAGCUGCUGGAGCGGCAGCUCGGCCUGUGAGGCGCUUAACAUCCGUCACGCAUCAUCUAGACACUGCUCAGUUCCAUCGUGAUCCAUCACAUCCUUGCUCGCAACUGUUACAGACUGUCCAGCAGGGAAGACGUUUUCACUUACGAGGUGAAUGUAUGUGGAAAAAAGUUAAUGCAAUCAACAUGUUUUUAUCUCCACUGGAACUCUUUGAAACAAAAAAUAAAAAAUUAAUGGCUCUAAAGGAAUGGUGUUGGUGCAGGAGUACUCAAAAUUUUGAUUUGAUUUUUCAAGUACCUACUCAACUUGAGCCUAAUUUUAAAAGCUCACUGUUUGAUAUCUAGGAUUGUAUUCCCAUGUAAUUGUGAAGCAAGCUUGUACAACGCAGUUCAGAAGGAAAUGUGAUCACUGAUGCAGAACUGUUUUAAAAAAAGGUAUUUGUUACAAUUCGAGUACUUCGGCGCGCAACGCUUUGUCCUCCCGCCGUUUCGUAAUUAUUAAUAAUGUAGAUUAUUCAAAAUUGAAUUUGCUGGUGAUUGUGGGUGAAUUUUUUACAUCAUACACAUACUUUAUUUAUUAUUUUCAUUUUUUUUAAAUGUAUUUUUGGUUAUUUAGCACAUAAUCAUUAUAAUUUUGUUUACACUAAAUUAUGCUGUAAACACACAAAAUAAUAUUAUUUCUAUGCAAGUGCCAUAUUCAACACUUUGUAGAAUUUGCUACAGUAACAACCGUUUCUUAAAAUGGGCUUGGACUAUCCUUUUCCACAUUGACAUUAUUCAUACCGUGCAUCAUUGAAGAUAAAUACACGUCUAUUUUACUGUCCGCCUAGCUGAACAUUACGAAGGUGCAAAUGAAGUGAAGACAAAUGAACAACAAGCAACGAAGCACCUUAGUCACCGCACAAACACAAUAAUUACCAUAAAUAACCCAAUAUAUGAUUGGCAAAUUAAAUGUUACAGCACUGCUACUUCACUCACUGAGCCUAAGCACAAUAUUAUCGUACAUACACCUUGAAUUUUUAAAAUAGAAAUCAAAUUAUAGUGUCAAUGUGAAAAAUUAAUUUCAUUUCAAUGUUCCAAAUUAAAGACAUUAAAGUCUUUAACUGCAAUAUAACUGGACAAACACAUUUUAGUUUUCUUGUACUUCAUAAUAGAAUUAAAAAGAGUUAAUUGUAUUUUUUUAUUAAUAGUACUAGUUGCUUACAAAUCUUCUGUAUGAAAAAUUCAAAUGGAAAAUUGUAAAAUUCUUUUGUAAACCUGAAUACUGUAGGUAGGGUACUGUAAGCAUUAUGCAUUUAGUGGCACUAUUUUCUGUUGGUUUAGCUUAAAAGGAAAUUUAAAAAAGUUAUGUCGAUUACUUGAUUAAAAAAUAAUCUGCUUUUUUGCACGACUUGACAUUAAAAUAUGCUACACGUGCACACCUAUUAAGAAUCUAUUCCCCAAAAUAUUCUUCAGUGUUCUUGAAUAAGAACUAUACUGAGUCAAUUGAGUUUUUAUAUAUAUAUGUGUAUAUGUAUGUGUAUAUAUAUAUAUAUAUAUAUACACACACACACACACACACAGUAGAACCCCUAUCAUACACUUUUCAACGGAGGGCACAAAAAUGGUGUAUGAUGCGGGAAAGUGUAUGAAAAGGGAAUGGCAAUAAUAACUUUUUUUUUUUCAAUCUAGCAUACCAGCACAAUGUCUGAUUAAACUUAAGUACAUAAUGUGUAAAUAAUUGCAUUAUAUUAAUGAAAGAUAUGAAUUCAUCAUUACAUAUACCACCACAAAUGUAAAAUACAGACCAUAACCAAGUAAAGCAGUCCUUUCUUGGAAGGGGGGAAAGGUCACCAAGCCUAAAUUAGAAAUUUAAAAAAUUAGGUUAUUGUAAAAAGAAAAUCAGAAAUUUUUGCUUGUUUGUUUCAUUUUACAAACAACUUUAUGCAACAGAACAAUUUUCAAUAAAAUGUUAACUUGAGAAACGUACAAUACAAAAAAAAAAAUCCGAUCGUAAGAAAACAAUAACGGCUAUAUUCAGUUCAAAGAUUAAUGAAUGCACAAAAUAUGAGAUCCGUGCCUUGGUAAAGCGCGUUGACCAUUUUCAUAAUCAUUGCUAGUUUGCGCCACUAGUCUCGCUCGGUGCUGGCCAUAGAUACUAGUAGCGAGGUGCACAGUCUUCCUGAUACUAUCCAUAUCUAUGGUGCGAUAAAGUUAUUUUCUUACGUUUGCAAAGGUAAACAAUGAACGUUUUUGAAAAUAAAAGCAUUAAAACGUAUUUUUUCAGGACUAUAAAAAAAAAGUUUGUGAAUUUUAGGACUUCUCCGCUUUGUAAAAACGUAUGAAACGGGAAAUUCAUUAUUUUAUAAGUUUAUGUUCCGGGAAAGUAAACCAUUGUAAACAUAUUACUUUCGGCGGGACCAAAAUUAAUUGGCGUAUGACACGGGAAAAUGUAUGAAACGGGAACGUAUCAUCGAGGUUCUACUGUAUAUGUAUAUAUGUGUAUAUGUAUAUAUGUAUAUAUAUAUAUAUAUGUGUAUAUAUAUAUGCCAAUUUUAAAAAGCAACAACUUGCCAUGGUGUAUUUUAAGUUAAGUAAUAACGGCAGGCAAAGCCUUCCAUUGUCACUAAAACAUAAAUAUUGCAAAGCUAAAUGUGGCAUUUAAUAUCCAUUAACUAUUGCAGUCGGAAAAAAAUUAGGAUUCUAUUUCCAAGCUAUAAACAAAUAUAAAAUUUUGCCUCCUUAUAGUAUUUAUUAUCAGCAUGUCUGAGUUUCUUUCAGAAAGAUCAAGGAACAACUAAAAUACAUAAUAAAAUAAAGAUUUGUAAUAUAUAUAUAUAUAAAAUUUAAAAACCUAGACUUUUUUUAAUUGGUUAUACAUACUUCUUUAAGCAAUUUAGGGGAAAAUGUUUAGUGAAUUUUACGAAGUGCAUGCACCAACCAACGUAAUUUUAACCCACGUGUAUGAACAUAAACCCAUAUGCAAUCAUUUACAUAAAAAUUAGGGGAUAUACCAAGUUUAUUGGUGUGCCAAAUGAAACUUUAUGAUAGUGAAACUACCCUGGAAUGUAUCUGGUGAAGUAAAAUAGUCAUAGUAAAGAAAAAUUUUAAGUUUUAAAAACCUAAGGAUACUGGUAUUACAAUUAUUAAACAUAAUCUACAUACAUUCUUCUGUCAGGCUUCAUAGUGCAGUGGUUAUAGCAGUUAUUAAGCUAAAAGAUCUUGGUUCAAUACUCUGCUGUGAAAUUUUUUUUUAAUUACAAAUUUCUGGAUUAUUUAAAUUGUGCUUUAAGCAAAUUAUAUUAUAUAGGUAUGUGUGUAUGAAUAUAUUUUAUCAUAUUUCUGUAAUAUUAUUAAAUACAUUGCUCAGACCAUUGGAUUAUUUUAUACUAGGUACGGCUAUAUCCUCCAUUUUUACAUAAUGUAAUAAAAAGAAAUUUCCACGAAUUCACAGAGGUAAUAAAUAUAAAACUUUAUAAUACAACUAUCCUUUAAUACUUAACAAUUUAUAGUCAUCUAAUGUGUGCGGAAACUACAUAGUAAUAACUUUUUAAUAAAUUUUAACAAGGUGAAUAUAAUUUUAAUAAAUUUCCUUGUCAAAAAUCAGGUCCAAGCUGGGGUUUAGAUUUCUUGCGAAUAUUUGUGAUAAAUAUUGGGUUUAUAAACUUUUUCAAGUGUAUUUUAAAAUGUAUUCUUAUACUUUUUGUUCCUGUAUGUAUAAUUUAUUUACAUUAUAAAUUAUUUCAUUAUCAAACAAAAUUUAUCUCAAUUAUUUUACUAUAUUAAAUAUGUUUUUUUUCAUGUGUUUAUGUUGAU